CUUCAUGUUUGUUCUCUUGCAGUGGAGACUCACGGUGCUCGUCAUGUCUCUGUGGAUGAUCCUCCCCGUCAGCCUGCCCGUCUUCACCAUCGCUGGAAUCUGGGUUGUAUACGCCAUGGCCCUGUACAACCAGCACGUCUGUCCUGUGCAGAACUGGCUUUAUAACGAGUCCUGUGCCGAGCCGCUGCACCUUCAGAGAGGUCCUGUUCUGUGCUGCACGCUGGACAACGUCCCCCUCAUCAGUAAAUGUGGGACUCUCCCUCCUGAAAGCUGCUUCUUCAGCCUCAUCUGCAGCACCGGAUCCUUCAUGGUGAUGCUGAUCGGUCUGCUGCGUUACGCCCACGUCAUCGAGAAACACCAGAACUGCAUCCUGAACACGGCCGGUCUCUCCACCUCGUGGAUCUGUGCUGCCGGACUCAUCAUGGUGGGAAACUUCCAGGUGGAUUUCGCUAAAGUCCUGCACUACGUGGGAGCAGGAGUGGCCUUCCCCUCCAGCAUGCUGUUUGUGUGUCUGCAGUCGGCUCUCACCUACAGACUGGCCAAGACUCAGGACGAGUAUCGUGUCGGACACCUGCGGGUGAUGAUGGCUCUGCUGGCUCUGGUCGCUCUGGUGCUUAGCGGCGUCUUCUUCUGCCAGCAAAGCUUCGCCCUGCAGCAUGCCUCCGCCAUCUUCGAGUGGAUCUACUGCAUGCUCAUCAUGAUGUUCUACGGGACUUUUGCCUUCGAGUUCGGCGGUAUCUCGGGGGACACGCUGAUGGUCCUGUCCAGAGGGGGCGGGGUGCUGAGCUUCUCCACAUCCGGACACAAGGCGGACGUGGGAGGGGGAUCGAACCACUGCCAGCCGGACAACUUAUCCAUGCUGUAACUGAACUCUGGGAUGUUUCAGCACGCCUGGAACAGAGACUGAAUCAGGAGCCCGGACGCUGCAUCCUGCAAAUCCUCACGCUCACUGCUGCACACGAAGCUGACUUGAGAAGAGACCAAAGACUGAAACUCUCUCUCUCGCUUUGCAACCGUGCUGAACGCUGCACAAGACGUAGAGUGCCUUUUCUGAACACAAGCACCAGCAGAGUCGCACACAGCCCUGAUGUUUGUUUGGACUCUCUUCAUGAAACAAUCAGCUCUUGGCUGAAGUCGCCUUCAACAGAUCUUACGUCCUUAAAGUUCCUCAGAUUUCAAAGUGUGUUUGAAUGUUUGGACGCUCAGACACUGAGCUCUGUAUUGUUUUAAACCUCAGGAAGUUUUGUUACAUAAUCGGCUCCAUGGUUCGGGUGAAGUUUUUGAAUACUUAGUACAAUACAUGAGAAGUUACUGUGUGCCAAGACAAAGUUCAUUCCAUGUCACUUAACUGUUUUAUUUUUAUAUUUGUUGCCCAAAAAAAUGACAAAACUAUCCGUCUUAAUAUUGAAGUUUCUUUCAAUGCUCUCAAAUAAUUCAAGUUUUGUUUCCUAAAGCUUUAAAGCAUCUCGUCCCCCGGCCUGGAUAAGCUCUGUUGUAUAUUUUGAUAUUUGUGGUUUCAGCUCUUUGCCAAACAAACUUGUAUUGUGCUCUCUGUUACAGUGAGAGACUCCGUCUGUAUGGGACCAGAUUAUGUAGAGAGAAAGAAUCUGUCAUGCUGUGUUUGAUCGCAUACUAAGACACCUUUCUGAGGAAAUAGAGUUUUAUAUUGUAAGCACAGAACCAAAGAAUAAAGCUAAUAGGAGUUGCCUGUUUCUAAAAGUU